AUGCUCCUGAUCAGCCGCCGUCUGAGCCCGUUCAGGUCCGCCUCCAUAGCCGGCGGCGUGCACUCAAGAGGGAAGAAGUUGCUUCCGGAGUUCGAUCCGAGUGGGAAAGUCGUCGUUGUUUCUGGAGGCACCGGGGGUCUUGGUCUUGCUCAAGCCGAAGCCUUACUUGAAGCUGGCGCAAACGACGACCUCGGACUAACGGACUUGCCGCUCAAAGCAUAUAAUACGUCCAAAGGAGCUGUUCCUCAAUUAUGCCGCAGCCUUGCCGCGGAAUGGGGUCAACAUGGCAUCCGGGUCAACACGCUGUCUCCGGGAUACAUCACGGCAGAAGUGGUUCAGUCGCUUUUGGACGAGUUUCCGGAGCGCAGAGAAUCGUGGUCCAGGGAUAACAUGCUCAACCGCCUCAGUCUGUCCGGCGAGUAUCGAGGCGCUGCUGUUUUCCUUAUCAGCGAUGCAAGCAGCUUCAUGACGGGCAGUGACCUUCGAAUUGAUGGCGGCCAUGUGGCGUGGUGA